UUUCUUUUUCCUUUUGUGAGAGAACAGCGAAAGUCAAUCAAUCGGAAGCUCCAAAUUCUGAUUUCUACUUCCAUCUUCUUCUCUCGUUUUUCCUUUCUCCUUCUCGUUCCCAUCCUUACUAUUGCCGGGACGACAAUCUGAGCGGACUACGGCGUCGGAGGCUCCUUUUCUCGACCAUUUUCGUAUAGAUUUGGUGAGGAUUCUCUCUUUCGUAUUCUUUUCAUUUUUUCGUAGAAUUUUAGAUAAUUGGUCUAAUUUGGGUUGGGGUGGAAUCGACUUGAGUUUGAAUGAAUUCGAAGUUUUGUAUUUAAGUGAUUUUUAUUUUUAGUUUCGGUCAAUUUUCUUUAUAGCAUUGCAGUUGAUUCUCCUGCGGUAAAUGUCGAAAGUUAUGAAGCGGUCACAUUCACGUGGGACACGAAUUUAUUGAUGUUUUCUAUUAAAUUCAAUUCAGAAUUUAUGUUACUUUCAGUCCAUAUUAAGAUCAUAUGGAUGUCUUAAGUCCUCUCGUUGUGUCGCUUCGAUUUAACUUGUUUCCAAUCACUUGGUGGUGUUGAGUUUCUGAAAAAUGUCCCUUUUUUCUUUGUAUCGGAAGUCGGUGCAAUCCGGCAGAGCUGGAGGUUUAGACGGAUUGUCUGGUUAAUAGGAUGAAAUAUGGUGGUUGCAUACUUUCAUCCUCUAGAAUUAGCUUUUUUUCUUUUGUUAUUUGGGAUCACUUGAAUUUAUUAAGCUUUUGUGUCUAUUGUUUGCAUUCUCAAAUGUCCAGAAAAAAGUCAGACUGUCUUGUUAUUUGCAGUUCCAUUGCUUCAAUUUCACAACUUUCUCAUAUUCUAAGUGUUGACCAAUGUUUUAAACUCGAGAAAUGUAGUCCUUAGUCUUUCGGUUUUAAGUUGAGACAAUGGUAGUUGAUGGAUGCUGCUUCUAUUUGUUCGAAAUUUACACACAGAAGUAUGUGAGCGCCACAUUUUAUAAAUGUAAUAUAGGGAGACAUUAUUGUUACAGAACUGGAAAGAUAUCAAUCUUUAAGUUGGAGCUGCUGGUUCAGUUAACACAAGAGGGAGGAGCUUUGUUGAAUUCCAUCAUCUUCCCCCUCCCUCCUCGCCCAAUUCUCUAAUGCUUCUCUUAUGUAAUGACUGGCCUUAAUGUUCGCAUAGGAACUAGAUAUGGCUUCAUGGCGAGCUUUCGUGAACAGUCCCGUUGGUCCAAAAACUACACACUUCUGGGGUCCUGUUGCCAACUGGGGAUUCGUCGUUGCUGGUUUGGUGGAUAUGCAGAAACCACCAGAAAUGAUAUCUGGGAAUAUGACCGGAGCAAUGUGUGUAUACUCCGCGUUGUUUAUGAGGUUUGCAUGGAUGGUUCAACCUCGCAACUAUCUUCUUUUGGCAUGCCACGCAUCAAAUGAAACAGUGCAACUUUAUCAACUCUCCCGUUGGGCAAGGGGUCAAGGGUAUGUGUAAUGUGUGUAAAGUUGUAGAUAGUCUGUGUGCUUUUAUAUGAUCUGGACCUUUCUGUGCACCUUUAUCACCUCUUGACUGGAUUCUUCUCUGGCCAGAGUCGGUUUGUUACGAAUUUUUUUAAGCUUAAAGAAAUUUAAGUAUGGCCAUUGUAACCUUAAUUUUCUAAAUUUGAACCUUUGGAGCUGCAGUCCCCAUUGUUAUUUAUUUCUAUUUUAUAUUGUAUUUGAACCAAAAGAGGUUAACUCAGUAAGUGGAUUUGAAUUUUCUGUUAGUAGUUGCUGGAACAAUUUGUUUGAUGCAGGACAUGAACAUUUUGUCAAGAUAAGUAAGAUUUUUUAGCAUCGGGAAAUUUUAGGUGUUUAAGAAGUUUUGGAGCUUUUGGUUGUCUCUAAAGUGUAAAUUGUUGCUAUAAAAAUGGGAUAUGGAACGUGUGAGCUUAACACAGUAUGUGGCUGAAGUUUCUUCUGAUAUUUUGUUUGGUUGAAUUGACUUUGGAGAAGUAUGUCUAUGCUUAAAUCGUUGAAUUUGGGGUAUUGUUCCUUUCUGUUGUAUCAUAUUUCAUUCUUCUGCUGUCGCACUUAAACCUAUGCUCUUGUUUUCCCAAAUAGAAAGCUAUCGUUGGUUUUUAUUGCAUUCAUUUCUAAAUGAAUUCUUGAGACUCGUCUUUGACGAUUUGCAUAGUAGAGUAAAUUGGUAGUAUUAGUUAUUUUCGUAGCCCUUUGAACUGAUAUUUGUGGUCUGUAGUGAAUUUUGUUUUGUGUUAAGAGUUCUGGUUGUUCUCUCUGUGUAGGUACUUGCAGCCAAAAGAAGAGAAAAAAGCUGAAUAAAAUGGUUCCUCCUGCCUUUGUCCGGUUCUGUGUUUUCCCUUCAGUUGCUUAGUGGUUGCUGCAACUUUUUUGAAACCAUAUGUAAAUGGUUUUAAAUUACAUGAGCACUACUAGUGAAUUCCAUCCCAUUGUUGUAUUAACUAGUGCUUUACUGCCAAGUUCUUUAUGUUGAGUUACAACUCGAGAUUUGGAAGUUUUAUUUUGAAUAAUUUGCUCGAGAUUCUUGAAAUAUGUCCAUGUUUUAUUUUGGAGUAUGUUUUUGGUCUAACAAGAAUGGUCAUUUUUUGAGCUCCGUCCACACAAAUUAAAAUUGCAUUUAAC